AUGGAUGGGGUCAACCUCAAUUUAAGUGGUUACGCUGCUAGCGUAUUUUUCACUCUUGUUAUCGGCACGUUUGGAUACACUUCAUUCAGCCCUUUCAAUGUCGAAGCAUUCUUCGGUUGUUAUACAAUGACAAUUCUUUCUAUCAUAUUUUACAUCUCCUGGAAAAUUGUUAAUAGAACCUCUUUCCAUGAUCCGAAAGUUGUUGACAUGGUUUGGGAGACUCCACAAGUGGAUGCUUAUGAAGCUGAAACCACUGAAGAGUCACAAACCUUCUGGGGCGAAAUGGGGCGUAUGUUCAUGUUCCGGAAAUUCAGGGGGGCCGACAGGUAG